GUUAUGGAAAGAAUGAAUCAAAUGAGAGAAUUUUCAGAAAAAUGGAUUGUUAAUGUAUUGCCAAUGGCUAUGGAUAUUCUUAGAAAAAAUGUUGAAAUUACAGAUAAUUGUGAGGUAAAGUUUAAUGAUGAUCUUGGCUUUGAGAUUCAUGAUCCACCAUAUAGUGAUGAGCCUGUUAAGAAGAAGUUUGGAAAGGCAACAAGAAAGGGAAGAAAAAUGAAAUGUUCUGAGUGUAAGACUUUUGGGCAUAACAAGAAAGGAUGUCCAACUCUGAAAAAUGCUGGAACUUCAAAUAUUGGAACAAGUGUUGCAACUGCUAGAACAAAUGUUGUAACUGUUGGAACAAGUGCUGCAACUGCUGAAACAAAUGCUGCAACUUCAGAUUUUACAAAUGCUGCAAUUGGAAGCCAAUCAAGUGUAAAUGCAGGUCUAAGUGCUGCAACUGCCUCAACACUUGCUAGAAGGCCUACAAAUGUUUCAUCAAGUGGUGUGAGGCCUGCAACUACCUCAACAAUUUGUGGAAGGCCUACAAAUGCUUCAUCAAGUACUGUGAGGGCAGCUGCUGCCUCAACAUUUGGUGUGAGGCCUACAACAACUCCUUUUAAGUACUCAACUUCUAGUGUAGUUGGCCAAAAAAGAAAGACUAGCACAACUUUGAGAGGUGGUGCAACUUUUUCUGAAAAUAUUAAUAGGGUGUUGCAUAGUGCUACAUUGUCAAGUUCAACUCCUACGAAUAUUCAUCUUGGUUACAAACCCAAUGGACUAAGGUGGAAGGGAAAAGCUGCAGUUACUCAAAGGCAGCUAUGA